UAAUCUUUCAAAAGGAAGAUUUUUGCAAUCGUCGCCUUCAUUUCUUCUUGUUAACCUCGGUUUGGCAAAAUAUUGAAUGGAUGCUUUCCCCAUGUGCAGACUUAAUAUUGGUGAACUCGAUGGACUGCAAAGCUUAGUGGUACAAAUUUGCGAUAAAUAAACAAUAACGAAAAAGGAAAGGCCGUGGAAUGAACAGGAGACUUCUUCUAACGUGCCUGACAUUGUGUUUGUCGCACGCAGUAUCUUCGGUACCGUUGGAGUCAUCCGCUGAAAAGUCUGGCCGAGAAGAAGCGCAUCCAGCGACUCCAAAGUCGGUUAAUCUUGAAGAUAAAGUAAAAGAAGCAGUGCAAAAGGCUGAGUUAGACGCAAGUUUAGCUGCACAAGAUGCUGUAAAGCAUGGACAUAAAGCUGAGACAAGAGUUGAGAGCAUCAAAAGCUCUGAAACGAGUGAGGGAAGUAAUGAUCUCAAUCCAGACGAGAAGCCAGCAGUUGCCAGAAAACAUGAGACUUCAGUAAGUGACUUGGACGAAGGACCCCACAUAAAGCGAGUAAAGGAACACAAGGUAAACCGAAAGCCAGGUGGAAUGGGAAAGAUGUUAGGACUGGGUGAACUGGGAGACCUUGGAGGAAAUAAUAAUGAGUACAAAGAAGAUACUAGGCUGGAGGAUCGCUUGGCUAUGGAAGCUGAAGAGGAAAAGAAAUACGAGACUGGAGAAGGAUACGGCACCGGAGGAGGAGGAGGAGGAGGAGGAGGUGCAGGUGGUGGUUGGGAAGAUGGAGGAAAAGGUGCCAACUGGGCUUCGAACAUCCAAAGACAGGACGCUGCUGAGAAACAAAGCAUUCAAGCUCAAGUUGCCUCUGAAAGUGCACAUGAGUUGGAUGAAAUCCAACGCGCCAUCGCGGCUGAGUCUCAAUCUUCACGGGGUUCUGCAUCAAUUGGCAACGGAGGUGCUUCCGUAGUAGGGGGAGCAGGCGGGGUUCAAGAUCAAGAAGGUAUGCAGCCAAGAAUAUCAAAUCCAGAAGGGGGAAGAGGGCAACCAAUGGCCUUUGUAGGAGCUCAGCAAAAAGGAAUCACUCCUUCUGAGAACCAAGAGGAAUUUCAGGAAUAUUCGUCACCUUAUCUAUCCGAUCAAUCAUCUCUUGGUCAGCCAGAGAUCUCAAGCCUCGUUCACCAAGCCGACAAAAUAUUGCCGGGCGAAAUGAGAGGAUCAUCUCAACAAAACAACAUGGUAAUCGGUGGCUUAGGAGCGCGUGGAAGCCAGGGUUUAAGUGAAGGUAUCGCAAACUUUGGAGGAAUGGAAGGGGGGCAGCAACUGGGAGCACAAAGUCAGGUAUCACCAAUGGAGCAACCUUCCAUAGCAUCCGAAAGAGCAGGAUAUGGAGGUACCUUGGAGCAAGGUGCUGUGAAUCAGGAAGGUUUGGGUCAAGGAGGUCUGGCAGGAUUGAGCGACUCUGCGGUGAGCCGCAUGAACGAAGGAGGAGCAGGAGGAGGAUCCUUGCAAGGAAUUCAGGGAGCUCAGGAUGUUCAAGGGAUGCAGAGCUUGACAUCUGCUUUUGCAGGAGGUCAGCAAGUGCAAGGUGGAAUGCUAUCUGAUGGAGGAGGUGUUAACAGCUUACAAGGACAAGGACUAAUGGGAGGAAGUCUUCAAGGAGGCCUACAAGGUAUGAUGGGCGGUGGAUUGGCAGGUCUGUCGGCCAUGGGCGGUGGAGGACAAUUUGCGCAACAGCAGAUGUCAUUUAAAAAGUCAACAAUAGCAAGACCACGUGACUUCCAGCGCUCCAAGACGCACCAGAAAGAGGAGACCAGAACUAAGCAUAGAAAACCCUCCAAAACACAUAAAGACGCUUUUUCAAAGAGUUCUGUGCCAAACAAGCAUUUAAUGGAAGAUAGGAAGACAGUAUCAGUAAAAAAAGAGCAAAAUGAUAAAGAGGCAACAUUCAAAGCACUCCACUGCAGUGUAAAACUGAUUGACUCCACCUAAAGCACGAGCCAUUGAUAAAGCUUCAGGAAAGAGUGCGUCCACGAGUUUCCUGGACAUCAAUGAUACAGAUCGCAAGAAGAUGUACUGUUUUUUAAUAACAAUUCGUUCGCAACAUUUGUUUUAAAUCGUCCUAAAGGAGUAAGAAAUCUUUUCAAAUGAAGCCAUUCUAGAAUUUGAUUGGCGUGGCGCAUACGUGAUCGGCAAGACAAAAACUACUCAUUUGAUGAUGUGACAUUUUUUAUCUAAUACUAUUCUAGAAUAAAUACCUAGCGUUGAAAGAAAUAAAAACGGA